ACAGGUGAUGCUGGAUCUUGCACGUAUCAUUUUUGAAGAGCAAAGUACAAUAGAACAGAUGGUCUACCGCAUCAUGACACACACACAGAGUUUACUGCAAUGUGAACGUGUGCAGAUCCUUUUGGUGCAUGAAGCAUCUCAGGGAACCUUUUCACGAGUGUUUGAUUUGGAGGUGAAGGAUCUGCAGGGAAAGGAUGCCGAGACCCGCACAAGUCCCUUUGAGUCACGCUUCCCCAUCAACAUUGGUAUCACAGGCCAUGUUGCCACUACAGGGGAGACAGUCUGCAUACCAGAUGCUUAUCAGGACUCCAGAUUUGACCAGUCAGUGGACGAACACACCAACUUCCGGCACCGUUCCAUCUUGUGCAUGCCCAUCAGAAACACGGCAGGCAAAAUUGUGGGCGUUGUCCAGCUGAUCAAUAAAUUUGACAACCUUCCCUUUACCACCAAUGAUGAGAAUUUCCUAGAGGCCUUUGCCAUCUUCUGUGGGAUGGGCAUUCACAAUACACGAAUGUAUGAAAAAGCUGUGAUAGCAAUGGCCAAGCAGAAAGUUACACUAGAAGUGCUUAGCUAUCAUGCUGCAGCUCCAAGAGAAGAUGCAAUGAAACUAAUGAAAGUGAAGAUACCUUCAGCUCAGGCCUUCAGAUUGUAUGAUUUCAAGUUUGAUGACUUUAGCUUAGAUGAUGAUGGAAGUUUAAAGGCUUGCCUUAGGAUGUUCCUUGACUUGGACCUCAUAGGAAGGUUCCAUAUAGAAUAUGAAGUCCUGUGUCGCUGGUUGUUGAGUGUUAAGAAGAACUACCGCAAUGUCACAUAUCACAACUGGCGGCAUGCAUUCAAUGUUGCACAGAUGAUGUUUGCCAUCAUUACAACUACCCAGUGGUGGAAGGUGCUGGGUGAACUCGAGUGCCUGGCUCUACUUGUUGCCUGUUUGUGCCACGACCUCGACCAUCGGGGCACCAACAAUUCAUUUCAGAUCAA